GCACUGUUGUCCAGAUUCCGAAGUCAGAAAUUUGCUCAGGCUUACCUGAAGGUCCUCGAUUGUUUACCUCACAGCUAUAGCUGGCUCUAUAGCAGACAGGCUGGUCCUUGUCUCACGAGCUGGAACUCGUCACAUAGUCUUACUAUCCGACAUUUUUCACUAACUCUGUGAGCAGUGCUCCAACCCUCCGCUGUGCGGCCAAUCAAGUUUUAUUUCCAAGUAUUCUGUUGCAGUGCAACGAAGAGAAUCAACUGGAUCAACUGGAUCAUAAUUUAUACCUACACAGGACAAAACCUCAAGCCGAGAUCUCCGAUCUAAAAGACUCUAGCAGUCAAUAAUCACAAGCCUCAUCUACCUACACACGAAAUCACAGGACCUCUCACUAAAUUCAUUUUCUUUCUUCUAUAUUAAUAAAGUGCGAUGUCUGCUGCAGUUCUCAGUUGCCUGCCUGUUUCCCAACAAAAUCCGUCAACCUAUUCUGCCAACGAACGAUUCUACACCUUUGGGACCCCUAGCCCUCCGAGUGUAGCUUCCCCAUCCGAGUACAGCUACUCCUCUGAACUAGAGGACAGCGGCUUCCACUCUGACGAAGAAAUUCAGAAGGCUCGAUACGAAAUGACCAAAUACCUUGGCAGUCAGAGCGACGAUAAUUCUUCAAAUGCUUCCGAUUUAGACGAAUUUUUUCGCGAUUUCGAGCUUUCUGAUGAGAUCAGCAACCCUGCCCUCAGUCCUUCUGUCAAGUCUGAGUAUUGCCCCAGUCCACCAAUGGCUUCAGAGGAGUUCCCAAUCGAAGUCAAGACUGAGCUUACCUCUUCUUGUGGGAUCGCAAGCCCUUCUGGCAUCAAAAGCAGCCACCCUCUCAGCCACUACCCCUUUCAGUCAUUUGGUAACCAAGCUUCUCCACCACCUGCUGACUCCAAGGCCUUGGUGAGGUCUCAGCUGCCUGAUUUUGCUGGCAUCUCGUCUCCUUCAUACUCUCAGAUGAACAUCAACGUCAACACUCAAGUAUACACCCAGGCACCCAAUGCUGGACAAGUGUACCCUCCCUCCGUUCCCCUGUAUCAUUACUCCGGCGUGAACUCCAACCCCUCUUCGCCUAUGAAGGAGCACUUGGGUUUCCCUCACCUUAUGGCACCUGGAAUGGCCCCCUACAACCCCUAUGAUCUUGUAAACGCUGUCUAUUACUAUGCCAAGCCACAGAGGAACAAGCGAGUCCACCGUUGCAGCUAUCCUGGCUGCAACAAGGUCUACACCAAGAGCUCUCACCUCAAGGCCCACCAGAGGACCCAUACUGGAGAAAAACCGUACAAGUGCACGUGGGAAGGCUGCACAUGGAAAUUUGCACGCUCUGAUGAGCUCACAAGACACAUGCGAAAGCACACUGGAGUCAAACCAUUCAAGUGCCCCCAUUGUGAGCGAGCUUUCUCAAGAUCCGACCAUCUUGCUCUCCACCUGAAAAGACAUCAAUGAACUGUGUGUAAUAUUCCAUCUCCUGCAGCCAUCGAUUGCUUACAUCAAAUCUGAACAGACAUUGUAUAGCUCUGUGUGCUUGUUGUAGGUCACCCAUGUCACUUACUGCAGCAAGGGCUAAGAUGCCACCUUUCACUUUAUUGUUGUUGUUUUUGUCUCUGCUUACCUUUUAGUUAUAACCAAAUUUUUCCUUGAUGUACACUUUGAUUCAUGUGUAACUUUCUUUUGGCCUUAUCCGAAUAGACCAGACUGUUCACCCUUCUACUCUAUUCAACUGACAAUGUGUUCAACAAUUAAUUUGCGAAAUGAGAAUAA